GCUAUAAUAAAACGGCGGAUAAACCCUCCCUCUCUGUUAAACCAGAGUUUCCCUCUCUCUCUCUCUCUCUACCCCAUCCCACUCUGCUGUUCCGCUCUCCACUCACGCGAUAGUCCUCGCUCAUUCUACAAUGGCGAUACUAUCACUGCCGCUGGUGACUUCGAUUCUCAAAAAAUCGCCGAGGGAUUACAAACACCACCUCUCCUUCAUCAUGGCAGUAGGUCGGAGGAGUAUUUUCCCGAAUUCGCCUGUGAUUUUCCGACGAAAUCGGUUUUCGUCCGCGGCGGCCAAACUCUCCCUCUCCGCCAACGCCCAGGCCACCGAACAGGACAGUCAGAAGCCGGCGUUGUCGUCAUCGUCUACACUCACUUUCCAACAAGCCAUUCAGCGACUUCAGGAAUAUUGGGCUUCAGUUGGAUGCGCUGUGAUGCAAUGUAGCAAUACUGAGGUUGGAGCUGGGACUAUGAAUCCUCUUACUUUUCUAAGGGUUCUUGGUCCAGAACCAUGGAAUGUUGCGUAUGUAGAACCUAGUAUCCGGCCGGAUGAUAGUCGUUAUGGUGAAAACCCAAAUAGACUUCAAAGACACACACAAUUCCAGGUGAUAUUGAAGCCUGAUCCUGGGAAUUCACAAGACUUGUUCAUUCGGAGUUUAUCAGCCUUAGGUAUUGAUGUUAAUGAUCAUGACAUUCGUUUUGUUGAGGACAACUGGGAGAGCCCGGUAUUAGGUGCCUGGGGAUUGGGUUGGGAAAUUUGGAUGGAUGGAAUGGAGAUUACUCAAUUCACCUACUUCCAGCAGGCUGGAAGUCUUCCACUUAUGCCUGUUUCAGUUGAAAUUACCUAUGGUCUUGAACGAAUCAUUAUGUUGCUUCAGGGAGUUGAUCACUUCAAGAAAAUUCAAUAUGCUGAUGGGAUAACAUAUGGAGAGCUUUUUCUGGAAAAUGAGAAGGAGAUGAGUGCAUAUUAUCUGGAGCAUGCCAGUGUAGAUCACAUUCAUAGUCAUUUCGAUCUAUUUGAGGCUGAAGCUCGUCGCUUGCUUGACUUGGGCCUUGCAAUUCCGGCGUAUGAUCAGCUUUUGAAGACAUCUCAUGCUUUCAAUGUCUUGGACUCUAGAGGAUUUGUUGGGGUAACAGAACGUGCUCGUUAUUUUGGUCGUAUGCGCAGUUUAGCCCGUCAAUGUGCUCAACAGUGGUUAAAGACGAGGGAGUCUCUGGGGCACCCCUUGGGCAUUGCUUCUAAUCCUAACCACCUUGGCUUCCAGAAAGAAGAUAUAGAGGAACUCAAGAAAAAGGUUUCUGAACGACCUCGGCCUUUUAUUCUUGAAAUUGGGACGGAGGAGUUGCCACCAAAUGACGUGGUUAAUUCUUGCAAUCAACUAAAAGAUCUAGUCAAGCAAUUACUGGAAAAACAAAGGUUGAGUCAUGGAGAUGUGGAAACAUGUGGAACUCCACGUAGGAUUGUGGUUCAUGUCGAUAACCUAAGUGAUAAGCAGGUGUCCAAUCAAGUUGAGGUUCGGGGACCUCCAGCAUCAAAGGCAUUUGAUCAGCAAGGAAAUCCUACGAAGGCAGCUGAAGGUUUUUGCCGCAAAAAUGGAGUGCCUUUGAGCUCCUUGUACCGAAGAGUUGAGGGUAAAACAGAGUAUGUCUAUGUUCAAGCUGUGGAACCAUCGCGGCUUGCUUUGGAGGUGUUAUCUGAAGAAUUACCUGCAACCCUAAGUAAAAUAUCAUUCCCCAAGUCGAUGCGGUGGAACUCUGAGGUCAUGUUCAGUAGACCUGUUCGAUGGAUUUUGGCACUGCAUGGAGAUUCAGUGGUUCCCUUCACAUUUGCUGGUGCUCUAAGUGGGGAUCUUUCUCAUGGGCUUCGAAACACUCCAUCAGCUACUAUUAGGGUAGAAAGUGCAGAAUCUUAUAGUGAUGUGAUGCAGAAUGCUGGAAUAGCCAUCAGCAUUGAGCAACGCAAGAAGAUAAUCUUGGAGAAUGCUACUUCCAUCGUAAAAGGCAUUAAUGGGUCCAUUGUAAUGCAAAGUGGUUUACUCGAUGAGGUUGUAAAUCUUGUUGAAGCACCUCACCCGGUUCUUGGGAAAUUCAGUGAGUCCUUCCUGGAGCUUCCAAAAGACCUGCUGAUAAUGGUGAUGCAGAAGCAUCAGAAGUAUUUUGCAAUAACUGAUCAGGAUGAAAAGCUACUGCCAUAUUUUAUUGCUGUUGCAAAUGGAGCAAUCAAUGAAAUGGUUGUGAGAAAAGGAAAUGAAGCUGUACUCAGGGCUCGAUAUGAAGAUGCUAAGUUCUUUUAUGAGCUGGACACAAGUAAGAGAUUUUCUGAAUUCCGAGAUCAACUGAAAGGGAUCCUUUUCCAUGAAAAACUGGGGACCAUGCUGGACAAGAUGACACGUGUCCAAAGUCUGGUUACAGAAGUCGGAUUGUCUCUGGAGACAACUGAAGAUACGCUCCGAGUUGUUCAGGAUGCUGCAUCAUUAGCCAUGUCAGAUCUGUCAUCUGCAGUUGUUACAGAGUUCACCUCCCUUGCUGGGGUUAUGGCACGUCACUAUGCUCUGAGAGAUGGCUAUUCAGAGCAGAUUGCUGAUGCGCUGUUUGAGAUUAUGCUUCCACGAUUUUCGGGAGAUAUACUUCCCAAAACUGUUGCUGGGACAGUAUUGGCAAUUACUGACAGGUUGGAUAGCCUGGUUGGAUUGUUUGCUGCUGGUUGUCAGCCUAGCUCUGCUAAUGAUCCAUUCGGUCUGAGAAGAAUCUCUUACGGUCUAGUACAGCUGUUAGUAGAAACCAAUAGAAAUUUGGGACUAAGGCAUGCGCUGGAAAUUGCUGCUGCAGUUCAGCCCAUAAAAGUUGAAUCAAGAACAAUAGAUGAUGUGCAUCAGUUUGUAACGAGGAGACUUGAACAACUUUUGAUAGACCAAGGGGUAAGUCCAGAUGUAGUUCGCUCUGUUCUUGCAGAGCGUGCAAAUUGGCCUUGUCUGGCAGCCAGGUCCGUGAAUAAAAUGAAAAAUUUAUCAGAAGGCGGGCUGCUACCCAGAAUUGUUGAGGCGUAUUCUCGUCCAACAAGAAUAGUCCGUGGAAAAGAUGCCACUCAUGAUCUGGAGGUGGAUGAGGCAGCUUUCGAAACAAAGGAAGAGAGGGAUUUGUGGGGCACUUUUACAUCAUUAAGGAGUAAAAUUCAUUCUGACAUGGAAGUCGAUGACUUUGUUGAAGCAUCUUCCUGUCUAUUGCAGCCACUGGAAGAUUUCUUUAACCAUGUAUUUGUGAUGGUGGAAGAUGAAAGAAUCAGAAAGAACAGGCUUGCUCUGCUUCGAAAUAUUUCACUUCUUCCAAAGGGAAUAGUAGACCUCUCUAUUCUGCCUGGAUUCUAAGCGCAGUCUCGUGUAAUUUACAAAGCUCAGUUUCUGGCACCGGUGCAAUAGAGAAUGAGAGAGCAAGGCCGGCAACAAGAAAACUAUGGCUAGCAUGUGUAAGUUUCGUGAGGCUCAUAAGUUAUAAUAAUUUGCAUGUAGCAUUCUUUGUAGUCCCAUGGCUCUGAGUUGUACUUGUGUAAAUUAUACUCAUAAGGAG